UCUUAAACUAGGUGUGAGGAAGAGUGAGAAUUACCUCUGGUCAUCGAGGCAGAGAUGGGGCGAGAGGUGGCAGAGAGCUGUGUAGACGCCGUGGUGAUCGAGAUGGUAUCCGCGUUAUGUCGCAACUUCUAUUCCGCUGAGCCGGAGCUCCCCCCCCGCCGUAUCGAGGCCAUUGGCUACCAGGUUGGCCACCAGCUUGUCGAGAGGUAUACGAUGGAUUGUCCUCGGUUCACUGAUCAUCUAGAAGCAAUCAAGUUUAUUUGCAAAGAAUUUUGGUCCGAGCUCUUCAAGAAGCAGAUUGAUAACUUAAAGACUAAUCACCGGGGUACGUUUGUUCUCCAAGACAAUAUGUUUCGAUGGAUUGCACGAAUAUCACCAAAUCCUCUUCAAGAAAACUUGUCUGAGUCCUCUACUCCUAAUGAUGAUAAUCAGGCAGCUCAAAUCACAAGCAUGUACCUCUACUUUCCAUGUGGUAUCAUUAGGGGCGCUCUUACAAGUCUGGGAAUUCCUUGUGCUGUUUCUGCUGAUAUAUCCAACCGUCCCGCAUGUUCAUUUGUUGUACGUAUAAAAGCUUGACUUGCGCCGAAUGAUGCCUUGUUUAAGGGAUCAUAUCAGCUGUGUGAAGUUAGUCAUUUCAUGUAAAUUUGUUGGAUGCCUAAAGCUUGCAGCAGCAGACCAAGUGAGAUUUUCAUCCAUGUGAUUGUUCUUAUCACCUUUCUUUACAUUGUUAUGAUUCCUCUAACUUAAAUUGCUUAAUCUGAUUAACUUUACUUCAAACCUUAAUCAUUAUAGUCAUAUACUGUCAUAAUAACUAGUUUUGGCUGGCUUUAGGAAGUUCUGGCACUAUGUGAUUAGGGAGAGAAUAUUAGAACUCCAUUCGGGCACUAAAAUAAAUACUGGUAUAAUAUGUACAAUAUGUACAACAUUGUACUCAUAAUUUUUGUGAUGUAUGGAUGUAAUUUUAUGUUCGGAUUU